UGUAUUCCAAAUUCCAGCUGAGAUGCCAAAGCCCUUUAGCUUCUCGAGUUCUUAGUUCCAAGGAUGACCAAUCUACGACACGCACCUACAGUCUGACUACACAAGACUCUGCCUUCCUCACAUUUCCAUAGCCAGCGACAUGACCUGACACCUUGAUGACCAGUCUCAGGGCCCUUGGGUGACUGGCUGGUGCACCAUGGAACUUAAAGUAUGGGUGGAUGGAGUUCAGAGGAUUGUUUGUGGGGUCACCGAAGUUACAACUUGCCAGGAGGUUGUAAUAGCCUUAGCUCAAGCGAUAGGUCGAACUGGAAGGUACACUCUUAUAGAAAAAUGGAGAGAUACUGAAAGACACUUAGCGCCUCAUGAAAAUCCUAUCAUAUCCUUAAACAAAUGGGGGCAGUAUGCUAGUGACGUACAGCUAAUUUUACGUCGAACUGGGCCAUCUCUUAGUGAGCGACCCACUUCAGACAGUGUGGCUCGAAUUCCUGAAAGAACUUUAUACAGGCAGAGUUUGCCCCCUUUAGCCAAACUGAGGCCUCAGAUUGACAAAUCAAUCAAAAGGAGAGAACCUAAAAGGAAAUCAUUAACAUUUACAGGAGGUGCCAAAGGAUUAAUGGACAUUUUUGGAAAGGGUAAAGAAACUGAAUUUAAGCAAAAGGUGCUGAAUAACUGCAAAACAACAGCAGAUGAGUUAAAGAAGCUGAUUCGGUUACAGACAGAGAAGCUUCAAUCCAUUGAGAAAGAGCUAGAAUCAAAUGAAAUCGAAAUACAGUUUUGGGAGCAAAAGUAUAAUUCUAACCUUGAAGAGGAAAUUGUCCGCCUGGAGCAAAAGAUCAAAAGAAAUGAUGUAGAAAUUGAAGAGGAAGAAUUUUGGGAAAAUGAAUUGCAGAUUGAACAGGAAAAUGAAAAACAGCUGAAGGAUCAACUUCAAGAAAUAAGACAGAAAAUAACAGAAUGUGAGAGCAAAUUAAAGGACUAUUUGGCUCAGAUCCAGACUAUGGAAAGUGGUCUUGAAGCAGAAAAAUUACAACGGGAAGUUCAGGAGGCACAAAUCAAUGAAGAAGAGGUUAAAGGAAAGAUUGGUAAGGUCAAAGGAGAAAUUGACAUUCAAGGCCAACAGAGUCUGAGGCUGGAAAAUGGCAUUAAAGCUGUAGAGAGAUCUCUUGGACAAGCCACCAAACGAUUACAGGACAAAGAACAAGAACUGGAGCAGUUGACUAAAGAGCUGCGUCAAGUCAAUCUCCAGCAGUUUAUCCAACAGACAGGGACAAAAGUUACCGUUUUGCCAGCGGAGCCCAUCGAAGUAGAGGCCUCACAUGCAGACAUAGAAAGGGAGGCACCAUUCCAGUCCGGGUCCCUGAAGCGGCCCGGUUCAUCUCGGCAGCUCCCCAGUAAUCUCCGUAUUCUACAGAAUCCUAUCUCAUCUGGUUUUAAUCCUGAAGGCAUAUAUGUAUAACAUUAUCUGUAUUCAGGGGAGAGACCCAAUGAAGGUACCAAGGACAGUGAAAAUUCCUUCUUUGAUUUGUGCCAAUGAUGAACAGAGGAUAUAUUUCACAAGCCACCGUAUCUUUUUUCUGUCCUAAAUUGCAUACCACUUGGAGCCAUACCCUGUGCACUGAUGCUAAAGAACAAAGAAACUGUGUUUUCACACAUCAACAGUGUUGACGUUUUUGUCCAGCAGCUGUAAUGCAAAGCCUUCAUUUUUAUUUGUAGCAUUUUGAGAGCAUUAGGAAAGUAUUAUACUGUGUGUAUACAUAAAUAAAACCAUGACAAGAGUGAAGAGAAAUACGUGACUGGCUUAGUUUAAUUUAUUCCAUAUAAUCGAUUAAUGGGUAAAUGUUGGUUUUAAUAUUUUUUAUUAAUACUUAAUCCUGUGACCUAAUUACAUUAUAUAUGGUGUGAUUAUGACUGUGUGCAUGUGCCAGACUCCAUCCAUACAUUGCCAAUUUACAGCUCUACAGGUGUCAUAGGGUGCUCCACCAUCAAAACUAAGUCCUUAAGAACCCACUUGUAUUUAUUUUGUGUACCUGUCCUAACCAUUGCUUAAUUAGAUCAAGUCAUUCAGGUUUUCUUUUUAAUCUGGACUUUAAUCUUUUCUUUACAAUAUUUCCAGUACAUGAAUGACCACAUAGCAAAAUAGAAAUAUUUUCAUGAGGUUAAUUGUAUCUUUAACAAACAAAAAUGUAACUGUUGACUAUCCAAACAGGUGUGGGGUUUCCUGAUAUAUUAUGUGUUUUGUUUCUGCCCUGCCUUAAUCACUUUAAUCUUAGGGGUCCUCAAGAGUUGCCAUAAUACAUAAGUUAGAGAUACCUGGUGGGUCUACUUCAGAAAGGUUACUUUAAGUGAUACAUUUUUAAAAUGACCCACUUCAUAUGUAUGAUCUGUUGGUGUAAGCACCCAUGGGCAAGCUUUUGCUUGCAAAUAAUUUACUCUGUACUUUAUGAACUAUUGCUAAUUCUCCAAUCGCUUAGAGAGAAAGUAUGUUGGAGUUAGGUACUUUUUGCAAAGGAAAUUAAGUUAAUCUUUUUUUUUUUUUCCCCCAUUUUUGAGCUUGACUUUUACAUGUAGGACAUGAGUCUCCAUUUGUACAUAUAUUUUCUCUAUUUAUAAAACCAAAAAUGAGUCAACACCUCUCCCAUGAGUGGUGACUUAACUAAGAUUCACAAGUAAUAUCUGGAUGGAUGUGGUCAGAUACCAUUUAGCCAUUUUUACAUUCCCUCUGAUCAAAAUUUGGUACAGUAUAAUUAAGACUUUAAACUGAAAUUUAAAGUAGUUUUUAAUUCUGAGGAAAAUAUAUUCUCUGUAUUACAUGCAACAAAGUAAAAGUGGAUUAGUAUAUUAAUGCCAUGGUAACAAUAAAAAGAUGUAAGUUAUAUCUUAUGCAUGAGGGCAACUUUGGAUGUUUUAACACAUUUGACUUAUUUUUGGUUUAAUGAAUGCUGAGAAUGCUGCAUUUAGGUUUCCAAUGAAAACUUUUAAGAAUGGCUAUGAAAAUAUAUAGAAGCUUCUAGAGAACUGAAAGUAAUAAUGCAGAGUUGCCUUUUCUAGUCCAGCUAAAUGGCAGACCUCAACUAAAGAUAUUAUUUUCUUUGGGUUCUUGGAGUUAUCAAGUUGACUGUGCAAUUAUACUAUUUUGCAAAUAACUUGAUAAAUAAGUUAUUCUUACCUAAAUAACUACAGUCUGUACACAUUUGCUCUCAAUUUAUAAUAGUUAUUUCAUAUCUACAUAUAUUUAAAAAUUAGGAGAAGUAAAAAAAUCAAAAUAAUUUGUAGAUUUUGUGACAGCAAUGAUUUAUGUAUGCCCAAUAUAUGCCUUAUUUUUAAAGGGUUCCAUCCUAUACCAAGAGUCAUUUUGUUAUUGUUGUUCAGAGAAAUUAAGAUCUUAUUCACAAAGAAAAACAUUUUUAUAAAUUGAUCAUAUCCUAUUUAAAUCAAAAUGUUAAACUGAAGAUAUAUUAAUCUUUGCAGUUUGUAAUUGCAAAGAUGCCUUGGUGUGCCAUCAAAAACACAAAGUCAAUAUCCAACAUAAUUGUUGUAAAUUAUUAUCAGCAUUAACCUAAUAACUUUAAAGAAAGACUGGCAGCAUUGUGACAACUUUAUCUGAAUUUUCAAAUGCCAAGUAAUCUUUAUGUACCUAAUUAUAGAUAGAAAUACUAUUUCCUAGGUGAGAAGAAUAUAUAAAUGUGAAUUUGAUAAAUACAUUGAGCAGCUAUACUUUUUAAUCAGUUAUAUUACUUCUGGAAGAACAUCUCUAAGAAAUAUUUUCUAAGUCUUUUUUUAAAAUAGAAGAAAGAAAACUCAUUUCCCUAGAACAUCUUAAAAAUAUUGUAGUCUAUUCCUGAUCAUUUUUAUCUAUUGUGAAUAUAGAUGAGUUAGAUUAAGUGCCACAUCUUUUGGAUACAUUUCGGAGGGGGGCAGUGGGCAAUGAUAUACAAAAAAUACCAAAUAUAAAAUUUUGCAUCUGGGGGAAUAUUCAGGUUCUAAAUACUAAACUAGAUUAUAAGGUUUUUAUUAUUAUUAUUAUACUUUAAGUUGUUGUUUUAUUAGGAUUUCCUGUAUUAAGUACAUUAGAAGAUAUUUUUUUCUUAACAAGGAACGAUUUGAAAUAGCACUGGUAUAUUUGACCCUUUAGAAUGUCUAGCAUCUUCAGAGAAUGAUCCAUAGUUGGUUGCCUCAGUCCUUUUUUUUUUUCCUUAUGAGAUAUUUUGGUUGAGUAGCAUGUUUUGUUUGUUUUGUUUUGUUUUGUUUUGUCCUGAUGCACAGGGAAUUGAUAUGUGAGACUUUGGUUAGUAUUAAUAGUAGUUACCUAUUUAAUUCCCUCAGUCAUCCCUGAAUAAUCAUCAAUUCCCAUAGUUCAAAUAAAUCAUAAACUAGAGCUAAAACAGUAAAGAUGCAGAAUUUAUGGUGUGAAGUGUGAUUAUUAACAGUGUUCAAGAACAAAACACUUGCUUCCAGAGCAUAAAUAAAUUUUGCACCUGCAUUAAAAGAACAUUUUCUUUGUGAAUAAGAGAAAAACGGUCUUUAAAGAAACUUCAUUUAAAGCCAUUUCUGUGAACAUCUUUCCAAGUUAGAACUAUAAUAAUGGAUUGAGGAAAUAAUACGGAAAAGGCAAAAACUCUUGAUUUCAGGUGUGCAAAGGAUGUGGGCAGAUGGGCAUUUCCCUGUGUGCAUUGCCUUUGAAAAAUUGGGCCUUAAUUUAUAUGUAUAUAACAGUGCUGUGUUCACAUCCCUCUUCUACCUAAAGUUGUCUUUAUUAAUCCAUAUUGUAUUAAAAUUUAGCUCAUAAGUAUUACUUUUAUAUUAUGUCCAUUUUUUUGCAUGUUUAUACUAUUUGCUACAGUAUUUUUAAGUUUUGGGUGAAGGCCAUCAGCUGUGUGGAGAAGACAAAACAAUCACUAUUUAUUCAGUAUUGCUGCUUUACGUUUCCAGAAUAAGCUUUCUAUGCCAGGACAGUGACUGCUUGAAAGCUGCAGGAGCUCUAUUCCAAUGCAUUUUAUAUAUUUUUAGAAACCAAAUACAUGCAGAUAACUAUUUAGUAUACUAAUUAUAUUAAACCAGCAGAAAUAUAAAGGCAAUAAAGUAUAUACAUAUAUAUAUAUGGGGGGAGGGAAAGAUUAAAAAAUAGGUUUACAGCCAGACAUGGUGAUAGCCCUAAAUAUAUUUCCAAUCUGUCUUUUGGUAUUGACCCAAGGAGGAUUUGAGUUGCUGCAGCUUUAAACAGAUAAUUGCCACGUUCACUACUGUGGACACAUAAAUAUGCUUUUAGUACUGCUUUGCUUAUGUACCAAUAAAAUAUCUGUAAUAUGUAUUAUAUGUAAUUCUUUUUUUUUU